AUGAAAUUCCUUCGAGUCAGCAAUGAUCGGGAAUUUGAGCCGCCAGACUUCUCAUUUCAGGAACAUGGAAUGGACCUACGACUAGAUGAUCCAUCAGGAGUCUCAAGCCGGGAUAGAAGAAAUUCGCAAUACUCAGUUACGGAUUCCCUAUUGUCUACUGCAAAUCAACCAGAAUCUUGGCAGCAAGUGAGCAGCCUUUCGGGUUCCUCAACAGCACAAAGUACAAAUUUGAACCUUCCCGCACAACCUUCACAGAAUACCAUCCCAUCAAUGACAAAUCUGCCGAUAGAUACUGUAAUCUGGAAGAUUAAUUGGCAACAACCAACUUUUAUGUGCUCGAUGCUACUUUGUGGUCUGAUUCUGGCAAUUGGACAUCAUGUUUACUACAAUUCAUUAAGUGGGUCGCCGGCGGGGGAUGCCGCAAGGCAAGCUUGGUCAAUUCGAUUCGGGACAGCCUUCGCAUUUCUCGUCGUCGCAUGUUUCAAAGCUAUUACUGUCUCCGCGCUGGGACAGUAUCUUUGGAGCGUUGUAAGGUCGAAAGAUCUCAAAAUUAGUGAUCUCGAUAAGUUGUACGCACUCACAAGUAAUCCGAUUAGCAUGUUCAGUGUUUCAGUUAUCAAGAAUGCUUCCCUGGCAGCUUUAAUUGGCACAAUUUUCUGGACCAUGGAUUUCGUUAGUUUUGCUCCCGCAGCUACGCUCUCUGUCGUUCCAGUCAAUAUCAUUAUUCAGGUGCCAAUUCCAGUAUUGAAUAGAACCAAAUUUUUCUCGAAUGUGGGUGCGAUUGAAGGUUUCAGUAUCUCAGAGAGAAUUGCAGAAAAAUCAGCAUCUCUGGUUGAUGUGGUACCUCUAGAUUUUUCGAUCGCGCCUCAAAUCUGGUCCUAUGAUAUGCAGUUCUUUGGUCUCACGCUCAAGUGCAGAGAAGCUAAGAGUACUGAGCAAGCUAUUUUCGAUCAACUAGCGCAUGAUAGGGAAAAAUCCCAAUCAGGGUUAUUGUCUCUCAAAUCAAUGACUCGAUUUGGAACAACUCAGUGUCUGAGUCGGGACCAAGAUCACAAAACCUUCUCUUCUAUUUUUCACCUUGGCAAAAUUACCAAAUGUCAUGGAAACUCAACUGGUUAUCACAUUUUCGUACAAAGUUCAGCGUCAAGCAUUGUAUGUACAGCCAUGAAUGCCUCUAUUGCUAUUACAAUCGCUUCUGCCUACGGCAACCAAGAAAUCACGCAACACAACACCCAGUACCUAAACGAGAUACCUCGGUGUGAGGAUGGAAUACCCAGCUGUUUGGCGGAUUAUUAUCAAUUUUCCAAUUUUGCGAGAUUGUUGCAAGGAAAUAUCUCAUUACAUAGUGAAAUGGCAGGCACCAAUCGCAUGGUUUGGAUCCCUUAUUUUAUCGACAAUCCUCUCCUCCGUCUAUUUACUGCAUGCGACGACAUACAGGCUUCACCAUUCGAGUCCCUGCUCCCUCCAAGUGACUAUUAUACAACGAUCUUUGAGGAAUACUUUCCAAUCGAGCCAUGGCAGUGUCGCAAUCGAAGCUUCAUGAGAGCAAUCGAGGAUCUUUCCAUCAAUAUCACCAUAGGUUAUCUUGGUUCUCCCAAUCUCACUAGUAGCAGCACAGAAUAUGCAAAUAUCACCACCUCAGACACUAGGAAUGUCUACGUCUAUCAUCCUCUGUACCUCGUUCUUUCCUAUAGUAUCGGGUUCUUUCUGGCAAGCCUUUGUGGUGCAAUUGGUCUUCACUCAAUGCAUGUUAAUGGCGUUUCGCAUUCAAACUCCUUCUCCGCCAUCAUGCUUACAACAAGGAAUCCAGACUUAGACAUCUUGGCAAGAGGGAAGUCUUUGGGAUCUGAUCCAUUGUCUAAAAUUAUCAAAAACACAAAAUUAAGGUUUGGACCGUUGGUAUCACAACAUGGUCCCGAGAAGAGAGAAUCUGAUGAUUCUCCUCGGCACGUUGCAUUCGGGCUUGAGGGAAGUGUUGACGAAUUGAAGAAAGGUGGAAAGUACAUAUGA